AUGCCGCCGAAAUUAAAGUUUGCUGAAGGUGAAAAAGUUCUAUGCUUCCAUGGGCCGUUGAUUUAUGAGGCAAAAUGUCUCAAAAGUUCUGUAACUAAGGAUGACCACGUUAGAUACCUGAUACAUUACGCAGGAUGGAAUAAGAAUUGGGAUGAGUGGGUGCCUGAGAGUCGAGUUCUAAAGUACAAUGAAGCUAAUGUGCAGCGACAGAAGAAAGUGCAAAGGGCACACUCUGCACAGCCUGUUAAAACCAAGAAAACACCUGCUAAAGGGAGAAAGUCAGAGGCAAGCUCAACACCAGCCCGAGAAGAGUCCAGGGCCUCCACACCUGCUGGUAAAGAAGCAGAUAGUACGCCUGCACCGGCAAAAACUGCAAAGACUCAGAGCAAAGACACGCCAGCUGAUUCGGGAUCCGAUCAACCUAAGAAAAAACGCGGUCGGCUAGAUUUGUCAAUAGAGUCGGAAGAACAAUACCUAGCAAAGGUAGAAGUUAAAAUUAAAAUCCCAGAGGAAUUGAAAGUAUGGUUGGUGGACGACUGGGAUGUGAUAACGAGACAACAGAAACUCGCCAUGCUACCAGCUAAAUUGACGGUGGAACAAAUUGUAGAUAAUUAUUUAGCAUUCAAAAAAUCAAGCAAGUCACAUAAUCAAGCAAAGGAGUCGGUCCUAGUGGACAUUACAGAGGGCAUAAAAGAGUAUUUCAAUGCCACAUUAGGGUCACAACUGCUGUAUAAGUUUGAGAGACCACAGUAUAGCGAAAUUUUGCAAGACUACCCAGAUAAGCCAAUGUCUCAAAUAUAUGGUUCAAUACAUUUAUUAAGAUUGUUUGCCAAAAUGGGCCCAAUGUUAGCAUACACAGCACUCGAUGAGAGAUCACUACAGCAUGUGUUAUCACACAUACAAGAUUUUCUUAAAUAUAUGGUGACUAAUAGAUCCACCUUAUUCAACCUGCAAGAUUAUGGGAAUGCUACCCCUGAAUAUCAUAGAAAAGUACAAUAGAAUAAGGUUUUAGGUUUAGGUUUAAUUAAUUGACUAAUUAUUGAAUAAACAUGACUAUUACUA